UUCUUUAAAUUCCUUUCGCAGCAGUCUGGUGAGGUAGGGCGAUAAUACGCCCAGGUAUUUUACACAAAGGAAACUUGAGGCCAAGAGCGAAAGUCACUUUCUCAGUGCUGUACAGAGAAUUCACAGAAGAGGUGGGGUUUGAACCUGGUCCUCUAAGACUGAACUAUCCACUAGCUAUUUCAAGCUCCUGGCUUGGAGUUUAGAAGCACAAAUGUGGACUCAGAUCAUCACUGAUUGUGGUGAUAAUUGAAAUAGCAGAGAGAAAAGAGCAGGCUUGUCAGCACACUUCAGCAACUUUAUGUGUGCCAGUUGCUAUGGAAGGAGAGCAGGAGCUCAAAAAUGGGACCCUUCGGCAAGAUGCUGCAGAGACCAUCGUGAUGAUCCCAGCAGACAUUCAGGAGAAGGACAUGCCUGCCAAGCCCCCUUCUUUUCAUAAGCACAGACUGCGCAGCUUGGCCAUAUUUAGCAUCAUCUGUGGCUGCUCUUGCAUCGGAGUCCUAGCACUGAUCUAUGCAAUCAAGGCUAGUGAGAAGCAAAGGUUGGUUCCCAGGUAUCAGCGGCUGACUGGGCUCGGAGGUCCCGGAGAUUGUCUGUCCUAAGUAUCAGUGUGUGGGUGUCCCUCAUCAUUCUGGUGCCCGUGUCAGUGUACCUCAUUUCCUACCUCUUAACUCAAGCCGAAUGAUGAUGACCCUGAAGAACAUGUGACUUGGGACUUCCAGGAUCAUCUUCUCUGGUUCCCACAUAUUUGCCCAGCUGGAUUUAGCAGAAAUGGGUAUUAUGUGGGUCUUUGUUAUGUGCUCCCUGGUCUGGUGUACUCUUGUCAAAGCCUGCUUUGUGGAGGUUCUAGAAGAGAGUGUAGAAAUGGAACAGCUUCUGCUGCAGACAUCGGAUCUCCGUGGCCUGCUUCUAUGGA